GCUUUUCUCUCUCUGUCCCAUUUUUAUUUUUACAUUAAGAGAAAAAAAAAACAGAAACUAUUUUUGUUUUGUUUCGCCAACUAGAAUUUUGUGACAGUAGCUCAGCGUGAUCCCAUCUUCCACUACUUACUCUCCCUGAUUCUAUCUCACUUAUUCACUCUCUUUCACUCCACAGCAACAGAAGUCAAGCUCGUGAUAGAAUUGUUCUGGGUCCUUUUUUUUUUUUCUUUCUUUUCUCCUUUUUAUGAUGUGAUGCUCAGAGUAAAGAAUGGGGAUACUGUUUGUUAGAAUCUUGUGAUGGAAUUGGAGGUGAAGUGCGAGAAAGUAGCAUGGGGAAGUGGUAGAUAAUCGAGAUGAAGUUUUAUAUAUCGACGACUGGGAUUAAAAGAGUUACGAUAUCAAACCCUGGUUGUGGCGGAGGAGGAGGAGGGAAAGGAUCAUCGAUUAAGGUGGCGGCCGGUCGCCGGAUAUCUGGCCGGACAUUAUUGCCGGUUUUGCUGGUUCUUGCAAUCGUUUUGCCCUUUCUUUUCGUUAGAAUUGCGUUUUUGGUGCUUGAGUCUGCCUCUGCUUGCAAUUCUUCUGUAGACUGCAGGCCAUGGAGAUUUUUCGGCGGGAGUGACACAUCAAUGAAGCUGAGAGAAGAGCUGACAAGAGCGUUGUUGGAGGCAAAGGAGAGUGGCAUUGAUGAUGAAAAAAUGGAUGAUUCAACAGCAUCAUUCAACGAGCUUGUGAAGGAAAUGACGUCUACCAGGCAAGACAUAAAGGCUUUUGCUUUCAGGACUAAGGCCAUGCUAUCGAAAAUGGAACACAAGGUGCAGUUAGCCAGACAGCGAGAAUCGAUUUUCUGGCAUUUAGCUUCACAUGGCAUUCCAAAAAGCUUACAUUGCCUUUGCCUCAAAUUGUCUGAGGAGUAUGCAGUAAAUGCAAUAGCUAGAUCUCGUUUACCUCCACCUGAAUAUGUUUCUCGCUUGGCAGACCCUUCCUUUCAUCAUGUUGUUCUCAUAACUGAUAAUGUACUUGCUGCCUCCGUUGUCAUCUCUUCUACAGUCCAAAAUUCACUGAGCCCUGAAAAGUUGGUGUUCCACAUAAUCACUGACAAGAAAACAUAUACUCCCAUGCAUGCAUGGUUUGCUAUUAAUACUAUUAAAUCAGCAGCUGUGGAAAUUAAGGGAUUGCACCAAUAUGACUGGUCCGAGGAAGUGAACAUUGGAGUUAAAGAGAUGUUAGAGACCCAUCGCCUUAUUUGGAGCCAUUACUACACCAAUAUGAAAGAAGAAGACUUUCUACAUGAGGGAGAGCACAAAAGAAGUUUGGAGGCUUUAAGCCCUAGCUGUCUUUCCCUUUUGAAUCAUCUCCGAAUUUAUCUCCCUGAGCUGUUUCCAGAUCUCAACAAGAUAGUAUUCUUGGAUGAUGAUGUAGUGGUGCAACAUGAUAUAUCAUCUUUGUGGGAAAUGGAUCUCAAUGAGAAAGUUGUUGGUGCUGUUGUUGAUUCAUGGUGUGGUGAAAACUGCUGCCCAGCAAGAAGAUAUAAAGAUUAUUUGAAUUUUUCUCACUCAAUAAUUUCAUCCAACUUGGAUCCUGAACGUUGUGCUUGGCUUUAUGGCAUGAAUGUGUUUGAUCUUGACACUUGGAGGAGAGCCAAUAUCACUAGAAAUUACCAUAAAUGGUUGAAACAUAGCCGCAAAUCUGGACUAGAUUUAUGGCAACCAGGGGUGCUUCCACCAGCCUUGCUUGCUUUUGAGGGUCAUGUGCAUCCUAUUGACCCUUCGUGGCAUCUGGCUGGACUUGGUCGUAAGCCCCCAGAAGUUCGCAGAGAGAUCUUGGAAACUGCUGCUAUUUUACAUUUUAAUGGACCUGCAAAACCCUGGCUUGAGAUUGGGUUCCCAGAGGUACAAAGCUUAUGGAUUAAACAUGUAAAUUUCUCAAAUGAAUUUAUUAGGAAAUGUAGAAUUGCCGGGUGAAGAGGACGAAGUGCUCUCACCCCUCUCAUUUUGAUCUAAAAAAUCAAACCGGUGACAUAGCAUGAGCCCCAGAGGGAAGAAGGUUUUGCCUUCAGUCUCUGCUUACACUGCUCUCCACAAUAUGGUAGUGGUUAUUUCUUGUCCAUAAUACAAUAUAGCUGAAGGUACCACGCAGUACACUAUAGGUCAAGUUCUUCAACCUAAAAGAGAGAACGAUCAUGGAUUUUAGCCUUUUGACAUAUAUUGUAUAUUAAUUUUUAACCAGGUGAUUCAAAUCAGUUAAAUCAAUUGUGGAUAUUAUUAUUAUUAUUAUUA